AACACAACUAGCUUUUUCCUCUAUUCAUUUCAGAUAGAUUGUUGUUGUUUUACAGAACCACACCACAUAUAUCCUUGUCAUUCAAUAUCUUCAUAACCAUAGUCAAAAUCCACAAUCCACAAUAAAACACAAAUUAUGUCGCUAUUGCUCAUUGCAUUCUCUAGUUUUAUAUUGUCAAUACUAAUAUACCAUCUUGUGAAAUUUGCAACAAAAUCUUCACUACCACUUCCACCGGGACCAAAACCAUGGCCUAUAAUAGGUAACAUGUCAGACUUAGGCCGUAUUCCACAUCAUUCUCUUGCAGCCUUGGCUACUACCUACGGUCCUUUGAUGCACCUCAAGUUAGGCUUUGGAGAUGUUAUUGUGGCGGCUUCAGCCUCCGUGGCCGAACAGUUCUUAAAGGUUCAUGAUACUAAUUUUAGUAGUCGGCCGCCUAAUGCUAGAGCUAAAUACAUGGCUUAUAACUACAAGGAUCUUGUGUUUGCUCCUUAUGGUCGUCGAUGGCGAUUGCUUCGAAAAAUCUCAUCUGUUCAUCUUUUCUCAAACAAAGCCAUAGAAGAAUUCAAACACUUGCGUCAGGAAGAGGUAGCAAGAUUGACAAGCAAUUUGGCAAGUAACUAUUCCAACAAAAAAGCAGUGAACUUGGGACAAUUAUUGAAUGUUUGUACAACUAAUUCACUUGCUAGGGUUAUGUUAGGAAAAAGAGUAUUCGAUGAUGGGAAUGUUGGUUGUGACCCUAAAGCUGAUGAGUUCAAAGCUAUGGUUGUUGAAAUGAUGGUAUUAUCUGGAGUAUUCAAUAUAAGUGAUUAUGUUCCUUCAUUGGAAUGGUUAGACAUUCAAGGAGUUCAAGCUAAAAUGACAAAUUUACAGAAUAGAUUUGAUGUAUUUUUAACAAACAUUAUUGAAGAACACGAGACUUCAAAUUCUAAAAAUGAGAAACAUAAGGAUUUAUUGAGUACUUUAUUGUCACUUAAAGAGGAAACGGAUGAUGAUGAAGAUAAACUCACUGAUAUUGAGAUCAAAGCACUUCUUUUGGACAUGUUUGUAGCUGGGACUGACACAUCAUCAAGCACAAUAGAAUGGGCUAUUGCAGAACUACUCAAAAACCCAAGAAUCUUAGCCCAAGUCCAGGAAGAAUUGGACAAUGUUGUGGGCCGAGAAAGGAAUGUGAAUGAAGAUGAUAUCCCUAAUCUACCUUACUUUCAAGCAGUGAUAAAAGAAACAUUUCGCCUACAUCCAUCAACACCUCUUUCGCUUCCACGAAUUGCAUCUGAAAGUUGCGAGAUUUUUGGUUACCACAUUCCAAAGGGUUCAACUCUUUUGGUUAAUGUAUGGGCCAUAGCACGUGACCCGAAAGAAUGGACUAAUCCAUUAGAGUUCAAGCCCGAACGAUUCUUACCAGGUGGUGAGAAGUGUGAUGUUGAUGUUAAGGGGAAUAGUUUUGAAGUUAUACCUUUUGGUGCCGGACGUAGAAUAUGUGUUGGGAUGAGUCUUGGGAUUCGUAUAGUCCAACUUCUCACUGCUACAUUGGCCCAUUCCUUUGAUUGGGAACUUGAAAAUGGGCUCAAUGCUGAAAAAUUGAACAUGGAUGAAGCUUACGGACUUACUCUUCAACGAGUUGUGCCAUUAUCAGUGCAUCCUAAACCUAGGCUCUCGCCACACGUGUACUCAUCAUGAAUUUUAAGAUUGUGUUUGUGAAUUUUGAGUUUUUUGUUCUCUAGUUGCACCCCAAUGUAUCCUUUCUUUUGCUUAGUUACAAUAAAUAAUGUGAAUAAAUGGGAGUUGUAUUAAGUUGUUGUGUCAAGAUUGCAAAAGGGUAACGUUAGUUGGUUUAACUUUUGUGUUUCAAACUUUUACGUGUAUUAGUAUAUGUUUUUAUUUGUUGUAACUUGGAAAGUAAAUAUAGGGCGUAUUUGAUAUGCUAAAAAAUAAGGGACUGAAUAAGACAACUUCUAAUAUAUGUGCUUGAUUUGAAAUUGUUUCAAGGCUUGGACAAAUUGGGGGCUAAAA